AUGAGCUUUAAUGGCCUCAAACGAAUGCUAAACAUCAAUCCGGCAAAUGCGUUUGCUUACUUUGCCUCUGUCAAUUCAGACAGGCGGCUGGGUUUCCGAGUUUACGAUGAUAUGUUAGAAGAAAAAUACACCUACAGACGGCCCGAGUUUCUUCAAUUGAACGAGGAAUCUGAACAAGCUGCAUCGGAUCACGAGUCAAGACCGAUUAUUAUUCCACACAGGGAACUACCUUUUAACGCUGGAUACGCCGAGUAAGUUGAAAAUAUCUAUUGUGGAAAGCUCUAUCUCUGUCUCUUGCUAUCUCGCUGGUUUGUUGUAAUCGACCGUACGUAAGUUGGCUAAUCUGAUCAUCACACGUAAUGAUCAGUUUUGAAAGGUUUUCUAUUGAUCCUUUAAAAUUAAAAAGGAAUUUAUUUCAGCCCUCAGCUCGUUUCCUGUUAGGGAGACUUCCAGUUUCAGUCUUUUAAUAUCUCAGCGUAAUUCAUUGAUAUUAAAUUUGUUUCCUACCCAACCUAUCAACACAGUCGUGAAGGGGAAAAUUGUUGUCGAUCGCGGAUCCUGGCUCUCUGAAUAAUGAAUGCCUCAAUAUAGUUUUUCUGCAACCCUAAGAUAGCAACGUUUAACAUGACGUGGAAGAUCAAUAGUAUAAACUAACUGAUGUGUAUAGCUCACCGGAAAUACGUUCAAAAACGCUUUAAACAUGACAUUAUUCAUAUGCAGCUAUGAGUUUAUUGCUUAAAUAUACAGCUAGAUCACUGACUUAUGUUUUCUGGGUUUCACGGUAAAACGCAAAAGUGUUCAAAUUCAGCGAAGUUUUUUGUAAUGAGUAAGUUUUGUAAAUUUUGGGACCAUUGCCUUUCAAUAAAGUGAUAGUUCACCAUUUCUUUUAUUUUUUGAGGAUGGUAUUUUGUUGCUUUUUAGUGGUCCCAUUUUUAUAUAAUUGGUGACAAACUGUAAGCAUAACUUACCUGUGACCUCUCAAAAAGAGCUGUGACUAUUCUAAUAGGUUACGGCCAAAAAAAAACAAUGGCCGAUUUCGCGGGAUUUUGCGCUGAUUUGAUGAGUGUGUGUAAUGUUUUUUAGGAAGAUAAUCAUAAUUUAUGUUAUUUUAACAACAAAGUGCUUGUGUGAAGUGAUGGCAAAGCUUUUAACAUCAUGACUAGUGCCCAAUUUUUUGCAACAUAAUUUAUGCCUAGUAGUUUUGGGACCUUGUUUGCUUGUUGUGGUGAAGAAGUUUCAAGAUAAAUUUGCAAGUUUAUACAUAUACAUACAUACAUACACACAUACAACCUCCUCAAAAGGGCUUUUCAGGAACAAUGAUUAUAUCAAAUUAUUUAUAAUAACUAAUGGCAUUUAAACAUCCCAGAUAGUCAAGAUAAGUUUCAAAUAUGUUGUAUCAACAGGUAUUUGAUAAGAUUACUUGCAAAUUUUGUGGGAUUUUGCAUGUUUUUGUGAAUUUCAUGGGAUUUUGUGAACUUACCUGAAUUUCAUGGCUGCGAGAUGGCGCUAAAAUAUCAGAAACCUUGACUAGAGAUAUUGUGAGUUUCUGUACUAAGGGAAUUAAAACUGAAAAUGUGGGGCCUUGAAAACAAACUUGUGAAAAUUUCAUUUCAUUUGCCCUGUAGUAGUCCAGCAGCAAAUGAAAGGGAUUUUUAUCGCUAGGGUUACCUGAGUGUGCCUCUCAGCUAUUAAGUAAAAACAUGUCAUUGGAACUACAGUAGUUAUAAGAAAUUCCAACCAGAAUGGUAGAAGGGGAGCUGUGGUUUGAUGUGCUAUAACCACUAAAAAAAAAAUAAAUACUUGUUGUUACUGAUUUUUUUUUUUUUUUAUCAUUAAGAGUUUCCUGAAUGCCAUUCCUAGAUCUACCACUGCUGUUUAAUAUUAUCUAUUAUUAUUCAUUCAAAAUAUUUCCCCAAUUCUGAUUGGCUAAAAGCACACGUUUAAUUCACCAUAACCAGUUACUGAUGACCAAAUUUGGAAGAAUUUUGACUUUAACGAGAAAAUGACGUCAAAAAUGCAGCCUUUUUGCAGGUUAAGGCACCGUUAACUGAGAAGACCUGGGGACGAGGUUGAGUUGUUUUAGUUUUUAGCUAUGUUUUUAAACUAGGAAUUAUUUUGAAUGAAUAAUAAAACAGUUAUUGAAUUCGGCUUUCGUAUCAAAUGAAGAAUUAUGGAGAUCUCAGAGGGUGUUAUCCGCCUCGGCCUACGGCCUCGAUGGAUAACACCCUCCUUGAUCUCCAUAAUUCUUCAUAAAAUACUCAGCCUCAUUCAUCAGCCUCAUUUAACUGUUAAUUAGAAUGAUUGUUUCUAAUUUAUCAGUUUUGAUUUUUAACGUAUUUCGUUUAGAACCAUAAAUGCGGGAAAAACACCAAACAAGAAUGAAGACCAAUCUGUGGCUGGAAUGUUCUGUUUAAAUGUCAGCAAAUCAUCUGGUGAAGCUGAUGAUGAAGGAAGUCCUACUCGUGUUAGUCAGGUACAAUUAAGACAGGAAUUAAAAGACUGGGAUUAAAAGUUCCUCACCUCACCCAGUGUUUUCCUUAUCAGGCGGUAACCUUUAAAAUUUACCACCUGAUUCUGAAGCAACACUUCUGACCUCCUGCAACGGCCUUAAGGUUUCUAACAUGCCACAAGGAAAUGAAUGAAUAUAUGGAAAAGUACUAAAGUAAACACAUCUGUAAAAAAGCUACUCACUGCCAAUGAGAGCCUCUUUUUUGUAUUUCCAUUACUUCCAUGGCAGGAUUAGCUCUGACUCUGUUGGUAGAGUGCUUUAUUGCAGAGUGGGAGCUCACGGGUUCGAUUUCCGGGGCCCGGGACAAUACUCAGGGUCUAAAAAUAACUGAGAAAUGAAGGUACUACCAUUUCCUUGCAAAUGACUAGACCUUCGCGUAGCUCGGAUGACCACACAAUGGCGUCCCCAGUUAGUACUGUCCUGCUAAACACAUUGACAUUCUCUUGACAUUGUCAUUUGCUAUACAUUAAAGUCCUUUUGAAGCAAAUUCUUGAGUUAAAUAAAGUUGUUAUAGUCAGUUGAUUGAUUUUUUGCUUUUGCUUGAUUGUUUUCAGACAAAGAUACCCUAUGCCUAUUUUGGUGUAUUUGAUGGCCAUGCAGGAUGUGGGGCAUCUCUGAUGGCUGUUAACCAACUGCACUUUCACAUCAUGGAAAAGCUACAAGGAAUCAAAGAACUGUUAGCCUAUGAGAGUGAUGACAAACUUGCCAUGGCUGAAGAGCUAGCAGAUGCUGUUGUGUCAUCUGUUACUAUUGAUAGUCUUGUUAUUGGAGUUUUGGAAGAAGCUUUCUUCGAAAUGGUAGGUCUGUGCCAUGUGGGUUGUCUGUGACUCUUGGGUAACUAUACGUGUGUAGUCUUAUUAGUAGAAAAUGUACGUGUUCUAGUGAGUGCUGUAAACAGUCUCUCAUUUUGUUUGACUUAAUCUCUGUCACCUGUACAGUGUAGCAAUGAACGUUCAGAUAUUAUUCCUCUAGAACUGUAAGAGUUGCAUUAAAAUCACAAUUGAACUUCCAUUUAAAAGCAGCCUCCCUCUUUUGAAUGAGUAGUCAAAGUCUUAAAAUAAAUUAAAAAUGUAGCAAAGGACAUUGUAAAUUUAACCUCUGUUAAGUGGCCACCCCCAUCAAGUGGCCGUAGCCACAUUCUGGCCAUCGUGGUGUCCGUUCAUUUGGCCUAAUUUUAAAAAUUUGAUGAAGAAGAAUAGAGUUGGAAACAGAGGAUGACAACUGUUUAUGAAUCAGUAAUGUUGCUGCCUUCACCUGCUUGUUUCAAAAUAAAUUAUUGAUAUUUCUGCGGGAUCAUACUUUGGCUGCGCAGAGAUCAUAAUACAAAUUUCUCUUUAAGUGUUGAAAGUCAAGAUAUUUCACAAGCGAGUGCAGCAAACAAGUGAAAUAUUAAUUUUUUUCAACACAUAAACCAAACCAUUUCACUGAAAUAGUUGUUUGCUGUGAAAGGCGUGAUUUAUUAUGUAGCCAUAGCAAAAGUGAUAUUUCACGUGUGAAGAUAACAUGUAAUGUUAUUUUCUCAUGUGAAGAUAUCAUGUUUUUGUGUCUGCAAAAGCUCAGCUGGUAUUUCAUUGGUGUUUAUAUAAUAAAGAUUAAUAAUUAAUGGGUAUUAUUAUUUUUUUCUGGUACACAGGAUGAACAGAUUAGAAGAGAGAAAGUGACCUACAGGAUUGAUGGAGGCUGUGCAGCUUUGGUAGCACUGUUUUUAGGAAAGAGAUUAUAUGUGGCUAAUGCAGGGGACUGCAGGUAGGAUAAGAAUGAAGGGCAUUUGUUUUUAUUGACUAAUUGAUGCUAACAAAGCUAUGACCUAAUAUCUACUGGUAAUAAUCAAAGGUCAGUGAGUAAAUUUCACUAUAAUCUGGGCUCACAGACAAAACUUCAAUCAUAAAUUAUGCUGCACGAUCCACCCACUCACCGAUUAUCCACCCACCCACUUAUUUGCAAAAUCAAUAGAAAUCCUGUGUAAACGACUAAAUGAACUUGAUGUUCUAGUUUUGCAUUAACAUUGCACCUUCUGAAGCUCUUAAAUUUGACUACAUUGUAUAACUUUUUGACAUAACUCAAGAAAAACAACUCAGAACGAAUAGCUGUCCCCUGUUACAAGAGGCUCAUUCACUUCCAUAAUUAUCAGUGCUCGACACUAACUCUAGUCCACUAGCCCAGGACUAGUAAAACGUCAUGCUGGGCUGGUAAAAAUGUGCUCCAACUAGCCCCUAGACAGGUUAGUUUAACGAAUAAAUAAAUACAUCUUCUACAGCCAUAUAACUUGAAGAGUUCUUUUUCUAAAACGCUUCAUCCAUAGCUAGUUUAAAUGUAAGCCAAAGUAUUUGCUAUCCAUAUCGUACAGUUGACUCCAGUCGCAGCAUGGAUACCAUAUUGGAAAUGGAAUUACGUCCUUGUUUUCACGUCACUCAAUAAAAUAGGGGCCUGGGCCUGGGUGGGUGAGAGCCAUCGAGGGUCCAUCAUCUUGGAAUUUAUUUGUGCACAUUCACCACAAGAAUGAAAGAGCUUUUUCUUAAAAACACUACCUUCCAGAAAGCGCCCUUCAAUGGCCAAUGAUGCUGACACAGAUUUUCAUUGUGUUUCAUUGCUGUAAGCUCAAAGCAUUCCUCUUAUCAUAAAUAUUCAUUUAUUUAUUUUUUUUACCUUUCCUUUUCAUUUUCAUUUUUUUUUUGUCAUUUUUGUUGUAUAUUUUAAGAUUUACUGUAGGUCUGCCAUUGAUUUUUCCAUGUGUAAUUAUGAUAACAUUUUGUUUUUACUAUUUUACAUUAGGGAGCCCAUUCCUUAUAAUUCCGGUGGCUUCUCUUGGGCCUCCUAGCCAUGAGAGUUUAAAUAAUUAGUUUUUCUUGCUUUAGUACAACUUAUGGCAAAACAAUGAACUGAAACUGAAACUGAAACUAAAGGAUCACACACGACAUGAAGAGAAAUAGAGUGCGAUAAGCGGUUAAGAAGUUUUUAAUGAAAUUGGAAGAAAAAUCCUUUUAUGCGAUUCAUAUGGAGGAACUUGUGUGGAAUCGAACAGUAGUGCUGAUAGGUCAGCAAAUCUGAAUUCUCCUUUUGUCCCAGACACAGAAAAUUUCUGUCUGGACUCUAUUAAGAGUCGUAAAAGUUCUGAACCCCCAGUACAGGCUACAAACACUUUUAAGUUUUGAACAACCGCCAUUUUUCUUGGACCAAUGGCUUGUCCUUGUGGGCUAAUAAUUUAUGCCUAGUGUCCAAAAACAUUAGUGUCGAGCACUGAUUAAUGCUUUCAAUUUUUACUUUUUUCUCUUGUAGGGCAGUCGUAGCUCAUAAAGGAAAAGUAAUUCCUUUGUCCAGAGACUUCACUCCUGAAACAGAAAGACAAAGAGUUCAGCUUAUUGUAAGAAUCACGUUUAUUGUUGUCUUUCAAAAAGUGCAUAGUGCAGAAAUGUGAUUGUUUGUUUGUUUGUUUUUUUCACGCUUCUUGCAUUAGACAGCGUUCGAUUCAUUCCUUUCGUAACCAGCAUUUUUUUAUUUAUUUCAAUUACCUGUCACGUGUACCAACCACGUGCACAUGCCGCUCUCCCCUUCCAAACAUGCAUGCCACGUGCAUUUGCUUUUCGCGCCCACCACAUACGCCUCCUCCGCGAGCUAGUUACCAUAAAUGCAGUGUAACCGGACUGAAAGUGGUUGCCUGCUGGCUGCAAAAGGUUAGACCAAAGGGGGUCUGAAUCUAUCAUUCUGUAACAGUUAAAUGUACAAAGCACUAACAGCUUGUUCUGUGAUAAUAAGAUACCUCGAUUGGAUUUUUCAGGGCCAAUGUGUCCCAAAUUUGAGCACAAAACUCGUUGCCAUUAACAAAUAUCUAUGUGAAAACACGAUUUCCCAUGCUUUAUCAGACAAAUAUGAAAAUUUGUCAUGAGCUGUGUUAUGUUGACAUCGCAGUCAUCAUAGCAACGAAAUGAAGUCGUUACCUGUUUUAGCUGGAGGAUCGCUCAACAGAGCUUGUUCCUUCAAUACUUACCUCAAUGUUUGUGAAUUUGAGUAAAACGUGUAUUUUGGCGGGAUGAAGUUAAGAUAACACGGAUGUUUGAAUCUCUCAUUAGUCAACUUGGUUUUCUUUCCGAUGUUCUUUUGUAGGCUUAUCAGCGGCCACAGCUUCUAGGUAACGACUUUGGUAGACUCGAGUUUCAACAGAGAGUAAGGAAAAAACACGUUGGACAGCAGCUUCUUUACAGAGACCGACAUAUGACAGGAUGGUACGUUAAGUUGAUUUACGCUCUUUUAGGAAAGUUAACUUCACUGAGUUUAAAUAAGGUUAACAACAAGAGCCAGGGCCCAGUUCCUCGAAAGAUGGUUAAGUUUAACCCAAGAUUGAGCAAAAUUUCAAGCAAGGUUUUGCAACUCGAGCUUACAAAUACUGUUGAGCCAUUACUCCGAGAUAAGGUGAUGAUUACACAAAAAGUUACUCGAAGCAAUACAUAGGAAGGUAAAAUCCAAAAGUGCAUCAAAAUUGUAAUUCUGGAUUAGCGCAAAUCGGCCUUUCAGGAACCGGGCCUGGUGUGUAUGCGGCGUUUAGCUUUACGUUCAGCGACAUCAGAAUGUUAGGGCAUGCGCAGGAAAUCCCUCUUAUCAUAGCAAUCGGAGCAGUUGCCUUGUUGACAGAUCCCUUGCAGUGCUAGCCUGAGUAUCAGGCGUUUCUGGGGAAAAGGGGAAAAAUGGAAGCGAAAAAGGAAGAGAGGUGAAGGAAAGAAACGCCUGACACAGAUGCUUUUACUGGAGCCUUCCACCCUCACACAGCAUGAUUCGAUACCAUCCAAUCAAAAUCACUCCCGCUCAUUGGGUUGUCAGCUUUACGUGUCAAAAAGCUCGCCUGAAAUAAAUCUCACUUAACGGUCGGGCCGAGCUCCGGUGCUUGUGUUGCUACGAUUUCGCUUUUUUCUGAAACCUCCAAUGAGGAGUUUUCGAAUACUUGUAAUGUAAAACCUGCCGUUUAUGAGGAAUUAUAACAGGGUUUAGGAAUUGUGCUAGUGUAAGAUCGCCAACGCUAUGUUUGUAAACAAACGUGUGUCCGGAAAAUUGUAAAUUGCUUUUGUUUACAGAGUUAAAUCAGGCGCUUGUCUGGCAGCUAAAAAGCUGGUGUUAUCCCUCGUAUUCUCGGGUGGUUGAAAGGAGCUGUAAGAAUAUAUAGGAAGGUGCGAUAGUGACACACCUAUGCCUAGAAAUUAUCAAGCGGCAGCAGAUUCCACCACUUCACAGAGAGCUCGUGAAAGCUGUUACAAGUUCAAAACAAGUGAGAGCCUAUAGCAAAGGUCAAUCCCGCUGGCUAAAUAUGAUGGCGCCCGCUUGAGCUUAAGACAUUUCAAAAGUGAGAAGAUUUUGGAAGAGGAAGCGAACGAAUUCCAAUCACGUACGUUAUCGUAACCGCAACAAGCAAAGUCAAGCUUUUUAAAAGCAUUGGUGCUGUCGGCUAUCCCCGCGGCUAUCUCAAUACAUGGCUACCUCGCUCUAUUUUCAUUUACAGUAAUAAUACCCUUUUAACGGCAGGAUGUUGUAAAUCUGAACUUAGAUAUCUGAAACACUGAUAUCGUCUUCUUUGUCCCGGUCUUGUGAAACCAAUACUUGGACAUAGUUUCGGCCGAAGGUGGUAUAUGAGGCUCUUCCUUACUUCGAGUACAUGUUUCCUUUAAACUACGAGGCCUUGAAAACACAAUUCUUGCUCGGGUUUUAUUUUUAUUCCAGGAAAGAACUUGAGAGCGCCCUCUAGAGCCUUUUUGAAUUCCUCUCUGCGUCUCUGUCUGUAAAAGCAUCACAUAUCGGUAACAUGAAAUCAAAACAUCUAUGAAAAAUUUCAAUGAACGUCUCCUUGCCGAUCGCUCUUGCGGUCGGUGACGUCAAGGGGUAUUGUGUGUUAUCCAAUGACUGCCACAUCCAGAUUUUGGAUGUGUCACACGAUUUGCUGAAUGGAUUUGUGUCAGGCCUUCCUUUCUCUUCUCCCCCUCCCCCCCCCCAUCUAAAAUCUCCUCUCCCCUAACCCCGUAGGAAGGCCUGAUACUCAGGCUAUUGCAGUGCUUAGCAUUCUUGUUUUGCGUUGUCACGGUAGCUGUCAGAUUUUUUUAUAGAGACUCGGUAACUAUUUUGACAUCACCAUGAAAAUUGUCGCUUAGAAAAUGAUUUUCUUUUAUAAAGAGCGCGACGAAAUUAUUGUACCCUACUUCCUGCUCUAGCCUCAUGCACUUUGUUGGGCGAAGUGGAAGUGGAAGGUUGCCUUUUUCCUCCGCUCGAAAGUAGGGAACUAUAUCAAAGACGACGUUGACGACGACAAGACCGUCAGCAACAACAAAAAAUCUACAUGACGAGCAUCACGCAAUUUGGCACAUUUCUUCUUCCUCAGUAUUUUGAUAGAAUGGCCUGCAACGGGAUGUUUCUAAGAGCAUGAAAAAGUCAGUUGUAUCAAUUGUUACCAAGUACUGUACAUCCAUAUUGUUGUUGUUGUUGUUUGUUUUGUUUUGUUUUUGACUUGAUUUUGGGCUGAGUACUUUUUUUCGUUGCGAUACAUUCAGCUCGACGAUCAAAUAGAAUCAGCCUGCGUAUAAUUCUGGGUUUAUAUUCUUUACGAUGAUUAUUGAUAUGAAUAAAACUGAUAUUUUUGCGCGCUUUGCAUUGUCAUUUCUCUGUAGACCGAACAUCAUUGCUCUUGUAAGCUGGAUAUAAACCUCUAAACAACUAACAAGCAAUUGUAUUGUUGGCAGGGCUUUAAAGACAUUUACGGAGGAAGAUGCUCGAAAAUUUCCUAUGGUUCAUGGGGAAGGAAAGAAGGUACAGCUGUAACAGUGACGUUUCUCGCCCGUGCAUGAAAUAUCAUCUUGUAGAAGGAAUGUUUAGUAGCUUUGCCCUUAGCCAGUUCUCUUUGGCAAUAUAAAGUGCAGAGAGGCAGAGUAGGUCGUGUUCUGACAAAAUCUGCGCCAUCCUGUUCGCCUUGGAUUCCUUCAUCUGACCACUUUUGUCUCGUUCUCUGUCGCAGUUCGCGCUUUUUGUUUUAGAUUCGAGGUUGCCGGUGGAAAAAGGCUUGGGAACAACCUGCAUUGAGAAUGGAAAGCUACGAGUGGUAGUAGACAGAGACAGGCCUUCCGAAAGUUGUGCUUUCUAGUUUUAAUUGUAAACGUUGCUAGCAGUUUAACACAAAACUUUCCAAAAAGUACGGAUUUGUUGCUGUGCCUUUCCAGUUUUGUUUGUAAACAUUGCCAGUGGUUCAACACAAAUUUCGCAUUUUACAACUUUUGAGAACUUUUUGUGGUAGCGUGAUUGUUAACUAUCUGUGAUAGUAUGCAUCACACAUAUUGGCUGUUGACUAUUUACAAAAGAAAUUGGUAAUUAAAGCUAAUGAUUGGUUGAGUUCGCUUGUAGUCUUCCUCGCAGCUGCUCGUGCUGGAGUCACGUAAUGCUCCCCGACGCUGGGGGCGGGGAGCAUUGUGUGACCCCGGCCCGAGCGGCUGGGGACUUAGACUAGUUUUAUCGGGAAUCGAGGGGACCAUAAGCAAAGUUCAUUAUUCAUUGUUUAAAGUUUGGUUAGCUAGGGGGAGCCUUAGGGGCUUCAAAAAUUUGCCUGAAAAUUGUUUGAAAAUUACUGCGAACUUUCAGGGCUCCUUGAAAUUAAUCUGAUUUGUUUUGGUUGCUAGGCGCGUUUGUUGGACACUAUUGGAACGACCCGUGGAUUUGGAGACCAUGAUCUGAAAUGAUGUGAAGUAUAUGAAAUGAUUCAUUUUUGAUCUGAAAGUUGCUUUUUGCGGUCUUCCAAUCAAACCAUUCCUUACUCCACAACCGGAGGCGAGUCAUCAUUUAGUUAUUAAUUUCCGGCUCGGUUAAAACCGAAAAAAUGGUUUUAAAUCCGAAGUGACUGUAUCAUAAGAAAAAUGAGAUAAUUACUAGUAAGUCAUGAUGUUAGAUUUCAUUUUAUUAAUACAUGUAUAUCGUAGUUAUGUUUAUGGACACUUUAGUAAUGUGGUUGCACUACUAAAUCCCAGGCAAAAUAAUUAUAUAGCACUACCUUUUGUUUUGUCACUAGUUGUUACAGGUAUGAUAAAAGACUUAUAAACUAAAAUUAAUAUUUCUGAAUGUAACAAGUCAAUUUUUCAACUUCUGCUGACUUUAUUAAUAUGCCUUUGUACUCUCUCCGUAAAGGGAAACUUGUAGAAGAUCAGACAGUGUUAUUUGAUCUGAAGUACACCAAAGUAUCACCAACCUACAAACUGCCAGAUUUUGAUACAUGUUACAACUGGCUCAUUUUGCACUCAGUAACUCAAUUUACACAGCUGACCGUAUGCCAUCUUUUCUUGUUCAUCACUGACAAUAUUAUUAUCAAAGAACACCAAUCCCAUGAAACUUUUGCUGUUUUAGAGACCUGCCAUGAAAGAGGUCCAGCAUAACAUCAGCCCAUACAAUGUUAACGUCUUAUUUGACAAAUAUUACACCAUUAAGUCCCAUGUUAUUAAAGAAGGCCUUCGCAAUCCUCUCUGAGUGGGAAUACGUAACAACAUUGUAGCCUGAAUUUCAGACAAUUACUUGGAGUAGUCUUUACACCCUCAGCAACGUCUGAAUCGACCGGCCGUUAAUGCUGCCAGUGUCAUCACUACCUGAAAAGGAAUUUUUUUUAAAAUUAUUUUUGUUGUUGAUUUUAUUUUCAGAUGGCAGGGAAGUCGAGGUGGUUGUUCACAUUGUGCAAGAAAACAGAAAGAAGCCAUUCUUAGGAGGCUACAAACAUAGACUAACAGGAGUAGAGUUCCAUAAUGCCGCUGCUCAAACAAUUCCAAAGAUCCGUGUACCAUCUUCUGUUGAGAAGUUUCAUCGAGAUACUCAGACUUACAAACUUAGAAACAGAGUUCAGCAAACAACAAAUACAACAUCAACACAAAUGGUAUAUCAUGAGUUUGAGAAAAUUGGCUGUUAAAUGCUUUAAUGAAGUGUGCAGUUUUGUAUUUUAAUUUUGUUUCUUCGUUUAUUAGACCAAAGAUGGAUGUUAUGUAUCAAAUGUCACAGAUAAAAUACUGAUUCCAGGCAGAUAUGUUACAGCUGAGGAGCAUCACAGAAAAAUUUUAAAGAAGGUCAGUGCGUGUUAGCUAAAAUUCAUGAUUUUGGAGCUUUAAGAGUGUUUUAACAUUUAAUAAUGAGACUAGCUGACUCUUUGGGUAUUUCCGACGAAAUCUAAGGAGAUUGAUCGCAUUGCCAUUAAGAUCACAUUUGAAAACGUUAGUUGUGCUUUGUUAGCAAAGACGUCUGUCAAAACGUCUAUGCACGUUCAGAAUUUUUGUGUUGCUUAAUGGUUAUUACAGGAAGGAGCCCAACCUUUAACUCACAUUCUUCCAUGUAGACACUAACCAAUCAGAAGUCAAGGACAGUUUCCAGCUGGUUUCUGAUUGGAUUAAAUCUGUACGAAAGAAGGUGAAUAAGUCAAAAACAGUCACACUUUUGGGCUUUUUGUUGUUGUCACCAUGGUUACAUCAUUCAAGAUUGCUAGCAAUAUUACUACACAAAAUAGUUCUUGCUAUACAACGAUCUUGUUGUAAAAAAAAAACAUUAAUUUAGUGGAAAACGUGCGACAAAAACAUAGUCUGUAGAUAUCCAUAGAGAGGCUCAAUAAUCCUUUUGUUAUAUUUAACAUGUUUUCCAGGUUAUUAUCCUGCAAACAUAUUGGAGAAGGUGGCUAGCAAAGAAUUAUGUUCAAAAGCUAAGAGAAGAUCGCAUCCGACGCCAGAAAUGGGAAAGACAGGAAGAGCUCAGGAAACAGAGGGAAAGAGCAGAAAGAAUAAGAAACGAAUGGGAAAGAAGAAUGAAUCCCAAGACAAAGGAAGACUUUGAUCUUCUUUAUUCACAUUUAGAGAGUAAGUUGAUUGAAAUGUCUUAAGUGUAGAGGCUUGUCUUGAUUUUCACAUUUCUUGGUUGCGCCUACGCUCAUUCAAUAAAAUUUUUGAUAAUUUGUCGUUACUUAACAGUCUGACUUGAGGCUAACACUACACACUCCCACAUCAUUAGAAUUUUUUUUAACCCUUUUUCUUGAGGGCGGAUUUCUGGCUCUUACCCAACAUUGAUUUCUCCUUGUAAACUUGGAAUGCGAUGCUUGUGGCUUACUUACUGCUAAUACAUUUUUGUAUUGUUAUUUUUCAAGAAUGGCGUAAUGAAGAAAUGGCCCUUAUAGACGAGCUCUACUCUGGUCCAGAGAGAAAAACAGCCCUUGUUGGGCUGUUAGAACAGGAAGCGCAUCUUAUUGCCUCCAUCGAUAGACACAAGCUGGUUGCUGAUGAGGAAAACAAGGACAAGAGGAUCAAGAGUUUUUUAAACAAGGUUUGUGCAACCUGUCUGUUUUUGUAAUGUCGGGUAACUUACAGUCUGUGAAAUUGAAAACAGCCGACAUUUCGUGACGUUACUACUGGUUCCCCCCGCAAAAUGGUGAGUUUACGCAUAAGGAAGGCAGAAAGAAGAGGACAAACAUGUGUGACAAACGUGACAGGGCUAUUACUUAUGUGUUUUUUGGUGAACUUCACUUAACUUAUUGUUUUCUGGUCCUUUACAAGAAGACCUGUAAAAGGAAGGUGAAGUUCUGCGGAAAAGUUUUCAAGCAAAAUUUUUGUCCUCCUUGUCACAUAAUGUUUCCGUCUAGGGCCAUAAGAGUGCAGAUGGUCUGUAAUUCUGCACCAUAUUAAAAUUAAAGUGUUCAUUCAUUCUUCUUUCCACUACCGUCCUGUUGCAUAAGCUCACUAUUGUCGUCUGAGAAACUUGCGCAGAAAUACCGUACUUUUGACGUGUCACAACCCAGAUCUUUGUAGUGCUUGUGAUUGGUCACAGGAAAUUAACCUUAACCAUUCAGAAACACUACCCAGAUCUGGGCAGUGGCACGUCAUCAGUAGAUGUCAUUUCACGUGAUUUCAAAAAAUGAUUCGGCUCAAAUUAUGGAAGACUAAGCUGACUCGUGAAAAAAAAUGUUGUCUUCCUUUUCAUACUGAAAGUAGGUCAAGUGUUGCAAAUUUUGUCUCUCAUUUUACGCUGUGCAGCGGCUAACAUCUGACCCCUUCACAGUGGUACAUUAUUUAAAAACCUUGUUAAAGAUACUGAUAUGAAAUUAUUCUCACAUAAAAAUAUUUAUUUACACCGCUUUGUUCUCUCCACAGGCUGCGGCCCCAAAGCAAUGGAAAGAUUUUGACGGAAAGAUAACGGAGAUGGACACGCUCUACACCAUCCGCGCCCAAGAAUUACGGGACAUUUACAGUACGUUUAGCAUGAAGCACCUAACGCAGGAUGAAAGAUUGGAUGUACUGCUGACCCUAAAACAUACUGUAAAAGAACACGACUGUAAACUGACGCAAGAGAUUAUUGAAUUGAUUGACAGGGAAGCUGAUUUAUUGAUGAGAGGAGUCAAAGAAUCGAAUCUAGAAGGUAUAUUUAUAAGCAGUCCUGGAUUACUCACAAGCAUGCUUUGUAAAGAACAUUCCUGCAUCAUGUUCAAAUGAUGACGCAUUUAAAACGUUUUAUUUUAUUUAUUAUUAUUAUUUUUUUUUACCCUGUAUAAUUUAACCCCUACUGCACUAUAUCGUUUAUCGUUUGUUUUCUUGUGGAAAAUUAGCGACUAUUUAAUUUAGUCUUUAGUCAUUUCUUUCAAAUCGCCACUUCCACAGCAAGUAACACUACACUGUAGAAUGACCCUGGUGCUGUUCCGUAGUUCGGGGACGUUCUCUCGUCCUUCAUUCUAUUUGCGCGCGUCCCUCACAGUUUGAGACCGUUGUGAAACUUAAGGACUCCAGACACAAGAGGAGCGUGACAGUGCGGUGAUGCGCGUCGCGUCUGCCUCGUCUACAGGCUUUCCCAAUGGCUCAGUGGGGAGCACGGAACAAGCGAGAAGGGCGAGAGCUGGAGACAAGCGAGAAGCGCGUGAGGGGUAUGAUGGGAACGAAUUAACCCGAAUAACCCCCAGAAAGGUGAUCGUCGGGGACUGGAGACGAGGCUAACAAGCCCCGCACUGUUGUCAAUUGUCCUCCCGAGAGGAGUCUGCUGGCAAGCUCUCCAUUUAUGGCGAGUGAAGCGCGACUCCCCCAAAUGAAGAGCCUUCUCGCACGCUAUUCAUAAAGCUACCUUACACGCGCUUAUUUUAUUUUUCAGGGUUACGCAAGAGAAUUUUAACUUUGUUUCUUCAGUAUUGCAAAACACCUCUUUUCAACCCCGAGGCAGCUCGGAUCAUCAAGGUGCAGUAAUAUUACUCAUUAACGUUUUAUUCCCGCCGCAAAACAUCACAUGGCACCUCCAUUUCAGUUCAGUUUGCUCACGUGAUGGAAAUUUUAAAGGAGUCUGGAACGAGAACGUUGUUUACUAGCGAAAUUUGGGAUUCAUUCGAAAUUGACUGUAAUACAGUUUAUUUUUCUUUCUAUCAUUUCAGUAUAGUUUCUGGAGGGUAGAAAAGAAAUGCGAAUUCAUGAGCCAGUAUGCAGCAGAAAAUUACAACGCUUGUCUCGAAAAAUAAGUUGCUCAUACACCCGGUGAAAAAAAAUCCUAAGAAUUCAGUAAAAUAAUUAGCUCAUUUGUUACCUGACAGUGUACCGAAUUUAAGGUUAUUUUUUCUUGAUGUACUUUUGCUGCUCAGAGCACAGUACACAGUACAGAAGCACAGUACAGAAGCAUAAACCACAGGAAAUGAUUACUCAGUAUGCAUGUAACAAACCUGCUUCAUGACCUCUAAAUUUAAGACUUAGUGCGGCAAAAACAAGAUUUACUCAGUCAAAGUUUAGAAUGCUACACGUCUUGCACUGUGUAGUGCUAGUAACCUUCGCACGAGAGAAAAAAGAAAGAGAACCACUGUCCAAGCAGACUCUCAAGGUCACGUUUCACAUUAUCACGAGCUUAUGAGUCGUGUUUGGCCUGUCAACGCUUAUUUCUUACUGCAUUGUUCUAUUUUAAACCUCUGCGUUAGUGGGUGGCGAUUUCCAUGCGAGUUCGACUCAGGAUUUUUAGAAACGCUUUAAUACUUGUCUUCGUGAAUGGAAAUUGUUGUCUUUGUAAAUGUUUCACCGAAUUAUAUUUCUUUUAGUGAUUGUUAGAAGUCUCUCUUGCAAUUUUAAUCGCUGUGCCGUUCGUUUUCAGUCGUUCAUGAACAUCGCUUGCAGGAGUUAUCUCAAAAUUGCGCGCGUAUUAAACGUUUUUUAAGAUUACACAUCGUUAUAGCCUGCGUGGCUACCCCUUUCGACGCCUGCUUCGCAGGCUAACAUCGUUAUAAAACCCUUAAAUAAAAAAAAAUAAACAUAAUAAAUUAUGUAUUAUGUUGAAGCGUAACUCUGUUAAUGUUCACUGCAAAUUUGGCGCUCAUCAAAACUGAGAACUGGCUGGCCGUAUGGGUGAUUUUGGAAGUUUUUUGAACGAUUUCGCUAAAAGUCCACAAUUGAUCGUCCUGAAUAUUGACUGAGUGCAAUUUGUCUUGAAAAAUUGUGAAAUACUGCGUUCUGUCCGAGGUCUGUAUGAUAAACAGUACUGUUUCACCUCAGAUGUGAUGUAUAAAAAGUAUAAAAGGUUGGUUUACACACCCCCGGAUUUGUUGGCAAGAUUUUGUAAAGUAGACUUGUCGAAAGCAAAAACUUUGACCUGAUUUGUUUUCCAAGAAUUUGUUUUCCAGGUCUAAUAUACUGUGAUCAAGAGCGAUUAUGGCUCUUGAAUGUGAUCGAAGAUGAUUGCUAUUUUUUGGGUGUUUUAUAUGGCUAUCAACUCGAUGUAAGGUGUUUCACUCUAAAAUCACUUAGCCUUUCCCUCAAAAGUGGCAUGAAUUUGCUUUUAAGUUAACUGAUUUGUGGAUUACAAGUUUAUUGUUUGAUUUAAAUAAUAAAUUUAUUAAUGGGACCUUCGCUUUUAGCCCUGGCUAAAUCUAUAUAUUAGUUGGAGUAACAAAACACCUUUGUCUCCAAAGAGGAUCGUAAAUGUUAACUUAUCUUAUUUGCUCAAGUAUACAGAUUUUUCUUGUUAUAGAUUUUUAAUAGAAACUAAGAACUUGUCUCAAAUUUUGGUCUUCACAGGUUCUGUAUAGAGGGGGCCUAACAGGCAAAUUUUAGCCUAACCGGUUUUUAAAAGACAGGUUCUUUAAGUCGCGGGUUUUUACUGUAUUUCAAAAGUAGGUGCAAGAUCUUUCGUGCAUGAUCGAUCCUUGCAAAUGAGGAUUAUUCACCGAUGUUUGCUUUCUCGUUUGGUGCUUCUUCCGGUACGAUAUUGAUGCCACAAUUAAUAUUUAGUCCCUGCAUGUUGAGAUAACUACCCCGCUACUUCGCAAAGUCGUGGAGUACAGAACAAAUAUUGCAAGCAAUGGUUUUACCCAUACGAGCAAGCUCUUUUGGGGUGGGAGUAAAGGAAACGCCCUCCAUUUCCAACUCCAACCCCACCCUCCAAAAUGGAGGUGAUUCCCUUCACUUCCUUCGAUUAUCCUCACUCUAACUUUGUAUUUCUUUCCAUCAGGCAUACGGGCGGAUGUUUAUCGGGAAGAUUCUACACAAGCACGUACUGGCUCGUAACUACUUUUCACGCCUACCCGGCAUGGCGGAACACAUGAAGAAGAAAAUUUCUGGACAAACUCGAGGAUUAGCUGCUAAUAACGGGGCGAGAACAGCAGCACUUAAGGCGUAA